AUGGAGCUCGAAGCGAACAAAAACAGAAGUGAAAGUGAACGCUCACCAGUAAGGGGACACUGUAUUGACCUCAGAGACGGGGAAGAGAGUGAGGAGGAAAGAGUGAAACAACAAAAACUCAUAUGUAGAGCUUUUGAUGGAGACAUAUGGGACAACAUUGAUGGACCCGCGUACCACACCCGAGCCAGGGCUCAGUCCAGAGAAGGACACAAAGGGGGGCAGUACCCGUUGAGGGAGACCCCAGGGGGGGCCUCAGUUUACAAGCCAUGGGCCCACAGACACAUACAGACCCUGGUGGACAGUCUCCCCCAACCUGAAGAAUCUGGACACAGAUGGGUGAAGGCUUUUGAGAGUCUCACCGCAGUGGAUGAACUCACCAUAGGUGAUAUGGUUACUGUAAUGAACAGGUGUAUGGGUGACCAGGAAUGCAAAGAGAUAAUGACCUCUGGGGGACUGAGAGGACAAGUGGGGUCGGCUAAAAGAUUUGACACCCACCGCAGUGACGUAUGGGACGCCAUAAGGAGGAAGUAUCCUACCCAGGCCAGACCCGAACUGAUGAGAACUCUGACAUUGAAUGACGAUGAAACCAUACCAGCAUACAUGAAGAGGGCUAAGUGCCUCUGGAGGCAAGCGUGGAAUGAAGAACCAGGAAAAGACACCAUUAAGCACCUCUUCCUGACAAACUGCCUGGGGGGGACUCCCGGAUCAGGCUCAAGUUGAAUGUGAAAAAGUUGUGGCAAUCACCGCAAAAUCGAUUCCGGAAUUUACCGAGAUAGCACAACACCAUGUGGAACGAUGGAGAGAGGGUAAGCGAAAGGAAGAGGAUGAACUCAAACAACUUCAGAAGAAGGUUCUGAAGAAGCAACUGACAGAGGACAAGCGAGGAAAACAAAUGGUGGUAACCAGUACCCCAACAUCUAAUCCUACCAGGAAAUGAUACUACUGCUGCAGUUACUGCUGUAGUACAGGCAAUGACGGGAAUGAUGGCACCUUCUGGUCCUCCUGGAUAUGGUGCACCCACAUACCAGCAACCCUAUGUACCGCCACGACAACAGGGAUACACCCCUAGAUAUGCUGACCAAUGGUGUUUUAACUGUGGGAUGCAUGGCCACCUGGCAAGACACUGUCAUCUCCCAAGACAGGGACAACAAAGAGGGAGGGGUUACAUGGGACAGCCCAGAAGACAAGCACCGAGAUACCAGCAAGGACGGGGAAGCUGGCAAGGAGGAGGAAUGCCAGUCCAGCAGCACCAACCACCACAACAGCAGAACCGAAAACAAGACCCAGCAGUGCCUAACGCUGCCCUCCUGCCCAGCAUGUCAUGGCUGGGUGACGAACACAAUUACCAAUGAAGCUGCCCAGAAACCCAUAAGGAUCCCACCACCAACAUUUACACUUUCCCACCAGGUUCAGAGCCGGUAGUGACAUGUUUGAUUGGAGGAAGAAAACAUAAUAUGCUGAUUGAUACAGGAUGCACAUGGUCUUCUGUACAAGCAACAUAUCAACUCACUACCAAAACACAAGCUUUCUCUGGGGUUUCUGGGGCUAUUAUGAGAAAGCCAUACACAGUUCCAUUGGAGGUUGUAUGGGAUGACCUACAGGUUACCCAUCAGUUUCUAUACAACCCGGAAUGCUCGGUGGGGCUCAUGGGGAGGGACCUGCUUUCCAAACUGGGAUGUAGUAUCUAUUGUAACCAGGAGGGCCUACACGCAUCCAUCACGCCCAUUGAUGAACUCAUGCCAGUAAUCAUGGAAAAACUCUCCGACCCCCCUCGCAUGCUAUAUGUGGGAACACACCUAAACGAGGAAGAUGAGGAGGAAGCAUAUGUUUACUGGCUGUAGCUCAUGGAUACUGACCCUGAUGCUCCCCGAGUAUGCAGAGAGUUCCAACUAUGGAAGGCCUGGAUACAGACCUUAAAUGCAUACUAUCCACCUGAGGACCCUCCGCACAUGACAAUGAACUAUACAAGGGACUUGGAUGAAGCAUAUGAUGAAGCCUGGGAGGAGGAAAUGGACGAUAGGCGCCCAAUUGUGACCAGCAAUCAUAUGUACAUACUCAAAGAAGGGGUGGCUACCAGCUGCAUGGUCAUGGAUGGAGACGUGGUGCUCACAGACAAAUGGUUUGGUCUUCCUAGUGAUUCUGUGCCGCAUGUUACCCUUCUCGUGGGAUUUGGAUACGAGGCAAGAUCUCUGGGACCUGCAGUAAAGGCAGCAAGUUGCCUACGGUGGAACAAAACCUCAAGUAUGGAGAAUUAAACUCAAUGUGGAUGAUGUGUCAAAACCAGAGGUUGUGAGGAGAUCACGUUACCAUGGCAGGGAGAUGACUGAUCAUCCGGAUACUCCUAACAUUUUCAAUCAACUACCAGAGGAACUGUGGACAACAAGUGCUGAAGAUGUGGGGCUGGUUGAUGUAGAACCAGUGGUUGUCUCCAUUCGAAAGGAAAGUGAACUCACUGUCCAAGUUCACAAAUCUCAAUACCCUCUCAGUGAAGAGAAGAUGAAGAGGAUUUUUCUGCAUCCCAUUACAUCCAGAGUCCCAGCCACUUUUUGCAUUUACCUACAGAGGGCAGCAAUUUACGUAUUCUUCCACAAGGCUACCGUGAUUCCCCGGGAAUCUCCAACGCUAUCCUGAAGAGCCACUUGGAAGAACUAACAUUACCUGAGGGGGUGACGCUACUCCAAUACGUUGAUGAUCUUCUGUUGGCAGCACCCACUGCCGAGUCUUGUUUGCAGGCCACCAAGUCCCUUCUCCUGUUGGUAGCCAAAAAGGGAUACAAGGUAAAGAAAGAGAAAGUGCAGUGCUGUCGGAGAAGUGUCCAGUUCCUGGGAAGAGUGCUGUCCGGGAAGGGACAAGCUGUGUCUGUGGCCCAGAGGACCUCCAUCUUGGAACAUCCCAAACCCACUACUGUACAACACCUUUUGUCAUUUCUUGGCCUUACUGGAUACAGCAGAACACACGUGCCAGAAUACUGUCUUAAAGUGGAACCACUGCGGGCAAUCUUGAGAGAAGCAGGAAACAGAAACCUCACAGCAGUCCUUAAGUGGACUCCAGAGGCAGAGGCAGCUUUCAUCCAACUCAAACAGACGCUAGCACAGGCUGAAGCACUGUCCUUACCCGAUUACACCACGCCAUUCUGUUUGGAUGUUUCUGAGCAGGACGGUUAUGUACAUUCCAUCCUGUAUCAGAAACAAAAGGGGGAGAGAAGAGUGUUACACUACUACAGCGCGAAACUGGAUAACAUUGAAACAGGACAAACUGACUGUGCCAGACACAUGGCUGCCAUUGCAAAAGCUAUAGGUAAAACAGUAAAACAGCCCACAUUGUGAUGAGACAUCCACUUGAAAUCAAUACAGAUCAUGGGGUGACCGCUUUUAUAGGCUCCAAACUUUUCACACUGUCCAGUAAAAGAAAAUCCAGCAUAACAAAGGCCAUCACUGCAAAGCACAUUACAUAUGUGACAACAGCAACCAAUAUGACCGAUGGUAUGGGUCUUGGAGAACAACAUGUCUGUGAGGAUAGAGCAGCCAAACAGAUCAAAGUCCGAAUGGACCUGCAAAACUCACCCUUGGAGGGGAACAAAAUCACCCUGUUCACUGAUGGAUGCUGCUACAGGUCAAAGGACCCAAAGGAAGGAAACACUGCUGCCUAUGCAGUGGUGAAACAAGACACAGAAGGAGGACAUGAAGUAAUGGAAGCAGAGAAACUUGGUCCCAAUGAAGCUUCAGCACAGCUAGCUGAACUCAGAGCGCUGAGGAGAGCCCUUCAGCUCAGCAAGGGAAAGAACGUGGACAUUUACACAGAUUCUACCUAUGCACAUGGGAUUGCACACAUUGAUGGACCACAGUGGAUGAGGAGAGGGUUUGUGACCAGCUCAAAUGAACCCAUCAAACAUAAGGUUGAAGUACAGAAGCUAAUUGAAGCAAUCCAGUUUCCAAAGCGAGUGUCAAUAAUGAAGUGCAAGGGACACGGCAGAGAAAGUACAAGAGUACGUGAAGGAAAUGAUCGAGCUGAUCAAGCAGCAAAGGAUGCAGGAGGAUAUACUGCUCUGCAGAUGGUACAACGAGCAACUCAAGGCCAAGAGGAACUGACGGCAGACACAGUAAGACAGUUGCAAGAAGCAGCAGAUGUCUACGAACAAAACGUAUGGAGCAGACAAGGAGCGAGACGAGACCACCAAGGAAUCUGGAGAUCUCACACAGGAAAAACAGUGGGACCUGCAAAACUUCUCAGGUCAAUCAUAAGGGAAGAGCACGAAAAGGCCCAUGGAGGAUGGAAAUUUUUUAACAAAAUCAGUGGUAAAAGCAUGGUGGCAUCCACACAUGUUGGACAUGGCAAGAGAGACAUCAGAAAGCUGUGAAGUAUGCAAACAGUAUAACAACAAAGUGUCACUCGGAGCAGUGAUAGGCAGCUUCCCAAUACCUGACGCGCCAUUUCAAGACAUUUGCAUAGAUUUCACGGACAUGGGACAGGACAACAGAGUGGAAGGAAAAAGAUACCUGUUGGUAAUGGUUGACAGAUUCACCAGAUGGGUGGAAGCCAUCCCCACAGCAAGGCUGUGAUUAAAUGGCUGAGGAGGGACCUCAUCCCAAGGUUCGGGGUCCCGCGAAUGGUCCGUUCCGACAACGGUACCCAUUUCAAGAAUGAACACCUGAGGGAGGUAGAGCAGGCCCUAGGAAUCACCCACAAGUUCGGGUCAGUGUACCACCCCCAAUCGCAGGGACUCGUAGAAAGAGCUAACCAAUCGCUGAAACGAAAAAUGGCCAAAAUCAUGGCCGGAACUAAACUGAAGUGGGUAGAUGCGCUGCCCCUAGCUCUAAUGUCAAUGAGAAACUCACCUGGGUCUGACACCCAUUUAACGCCCCAUGAACUCAUGACAGGGCGUAGAAUGCCAGGACCACCAGCAGACAAUCUUAGCAUGCCUAGACUAGACAUUGCAAAAAUCAGAUACACAGACUACAUGCAGGCGUUAACCUCUUUUGUUGAAAGAUUGUCUAAACAGGUGGUGGAGGUUCGCACUCCUGCUGUUGAAACUACAGACGAGAACAGAGACAUCUUGGUGGGAGACUGGGUGAGAGUGAAGGUGCAUUCCAGGAAGUGGACGGAGCCA